GAUCGGGCCCAAAGUGCGACCGUCCCAGGCCUCGGCUCCCAACUGGAGCGACCCCAGGACCCGGCCCCAUAGGGGAAACUUGGCCCAGCUCUGCCCGGACCCAGCCGACACCCAGCCUUGCAGGAUGAUGUCCACUACUACCACGGCGGGCCAGCCUGGGGUGCCCAGGGGCAGCUGAGUAGAUCAGACACCCCCCCAUCCCACCCCCGGCCCCGGAAGCCUGCUGCCAACUGGGCCCACCUGCGUGAGCCUCGCCAUGCUUGCCCGGUCCCACCUCCGCUUCCCGCUGCUCCUGCUCCCGCUCCUCUUCCUGCUCCCCGUCCGGCCGGGGCUGGGCCGCGCUCGCCGCUUCAGCGCCCCCGAAACCUCCUUCAACCACCUGGCCCAGGACAGGGAGACGGGCACCCUGUACGUGGGCGCGGUCAACCGCCUCUACCAGCUGCGGCCUGACCUGGAGCUGGAGGAGGAGGUCCUGACGGGGCCCGUGAUGGACAGCCCCGAGUGCCUGCCCUUCAAAGACGACGCAGACUGCCCGCAGGCCCGCCUCACCGACAACGGCAACAAGCUGCUGCUGGUGAGGGAGCGCAAGGGCGAGCUGAUCGUCUGCGGCCAGGUGUGCCAGGGCACCUGUGAGAAGCGCAGCCUGGCCAACGUGAGCCACGUGCUCUACCGGAGCGAGGACCCCGGAGACUACCAGUUCGUGGCGGCCAACGACGCGAGGGUGUCCACGGUGGGGCUGGUGGGGCGGUCCCGGGGCCGUGAGCUCCUCUUCGUGGGGCGGGGGCUGACGGCCAAGCUGUCGGGCGGCAUCCCCCCCAUCACCAUCCGCCAGCUGGAGGAGCCCAAUGCCUUCUCGAACGAGGGCCUGGGCCGCCUCGUGGUGGGUGACUUCUCCGACUACAACAACAGCUUCGUGGGCAUCUUUGCCAGAGGCAACUACGUCUACUUCCUGUUCUUCCGACGCGGGGCCAAGGCCCAGCAUUUGGAGUACCGCACCUACAUCUCCCGCGUCUGCCUCAACGACACCAACCUCUAUUCCUACGUCGAGGUGCCCCUGGAGUGCCGACGGGACGGCGCCCGCCGCUACGACCUGGCCCAGGCCGCGCAUCUGGCCCAGCUGGCCCCCGAGGGCACCGCCACGCUGCUGGUGGCAUUCGCCGCCGGCCCGGCCCCCGCUGCAGCCCCGCCGGCCGACACCGCCCUGUGCGCCUUCGGCCUGGACGAGGUGGACGCCCGCAUGCAGGAGGCCCGGCGGUUCUGCUACACGACCAAGGGCUGGGGGCCCGAUGGCAGCGAGAAGGCGGCUAUCGAAUAUGGUGUCAUGUCCUACUGUGCCAUGCUGCCCGUGGACUCACCCGAUUCAUACCCGUGCGGGGAGGAACACACCCCCAGCCCCAUUGUCAGCCGCCAGCCCCUCAAGGCGGAACCACUGCUGAUGAACAUCCGUCACCUCACCGCCGUGACCGCCGUGGCCGAGGCCGGACACGUUGUCGUCCUCCUCGGGGAUGCCCAGGGCCAGCUACACAAGGUGUUCCUGAAUGGCUCGGAGGGUCAGGUGUACAGCUCGGUCCCCGUGGGGCCGCCGGGCUCCCCCGUCAACCCCGACCUGCUUGUGGAUGUCAAUGGGAGUCACAUCUACGUCAUGACGACCAAUCAGGUAGACAAGGUACCCAUUUCGGACUGCCCGGCAUUCCGAGACUGUGACACCUGUCUCCAGGCCCGUGACCCCUUCUGUGGCUGGUGUGUCCUGAUGGGAAGGUGCAUGCGGAAGUCAGAGUGUGAGUACUCUGAGCAGCCGGACCAGUGGCUGUGGAGCUAUGGAUCGGAGAGCCGCUGUCUGGCGGUUCUCAGGGUGGCGCCCACCAACUGCACCCGCGAAAAGGAGACCCAAGUGACCCUGGUGGUGCCGCGUCUCCCCUCCCUGGACCCCGAGGAGUAUUUCCACUGCACAUUUGGGGACCACGAAAGCCUGGCAAUUGUCCAGGGCCCCGAGGUGUCCUGCUCCUCUCCCUCUGAUGACCAAAUGCCAGCCAACGAGCCAGGCAAAGACCACGUGACAGUGGCCCUGACUGUGAUGUUCAAGGAUGUGGUCGUGGCUGCCACCAACUUCACUUUCUAUGACUGCGCUGCUAUCCCACAGUUGGCUGUGGCCUCCCCUUGUAGCCGGUGUGUCAGUAGUCCGUGGCAGUGCCACUGGUGCCUCAGGACUUCCCGUUGCGUGUCUGGUGAGGGGUGUCCGGAUGGGGAGAGGACCAUCUACAACCAGGAUGAGACAGAACUCCAGACUCGAGGCCCCGGGGCCUGCCCCCACAUAGAGGGCUUGGAGGGCUCCUCGCUGGUGGCGGUCGACUGGCAGGCGCAGCUCACUCUGCGGGCCCGGAACCUCCAGCACUACCAGGGACAGGGGCUCUAUCACUGCUGGGUCGUGGUGCUCGGCGAAGAACUGAGGUUGGAGGCCACUCUGGAGGGAGAAGGAGAUGCCCAGCGGAUCCGGUGUCAGGCUCAGGAGUCCGUCCGUUUGUCCCUCCAUCCCUCCCUCCCUCCACAGUUUGGCUUCUCGCUGCCGCAGAAGGAGCUGCAGGUGCCCCUGUACGUCACCUGGGGUGCAGGCGCCCAGCGGAUCGAUGACACCGGCGAUCUCCAUGUGACCCUGUAUGACUGCACAGUGGGCCAUGAGGACUGCAGCCACUGCCAGGCAGCCAACAAGAACUACGACUGUGUCUGGUGUGGGCUAGGGACCCCCAGCUGCCUCUAUAGGUCCCUGUGCCACCCAGAUGCCAUAGAGUCCCUAUGCCCCACCCCCAUCAUCCACUCGAUUGAGCCCCUGACGGCCCCCCCGGAGGGCGGUACGCCCCUCACCAUCGUGGGCACCAACCUGGGCCGGCGCUUCGAGGAAGUGGAGGCCACGGUGACCGUGGCUGGCCGGCCCUGCCAGGCCGACCCCAACCAGUACCGCAUCUCAACCCGGAUCGUGUGCAUCGUGCCCCCUGCAGCCAAGGGCACUAUUGGCCCCGUGGAGGUUGCCAUCGACGGCCACCCCUCCCCGGGCGUCUCUGCCCAAAACUUCACCUACCAGGACCCCGUCCUGCAGAGCCUGAGUCCCUGGAGGGGCCUCCAGGCGGGUGGCACGCGGCUUACCAUCCGUGGCCGGUUCCUGCUGACGGGCGGCAACAUCUCGGCCUUUGUGGGAGACCUGCCCUGCCAUAUACAGGAACCCGUUUGCCCCGAGACCAUCAUCUGCCUGACCAGCCCCAGCCCCGCUGUGGCUAAGCAGCCCGUGAGGGUGUUGUACGGCCUGGCCGAGAGGCUGCUGACCACCGACCUUUUCCACUACUCCGAGAACCCGAAACUGCUCCAGGCAGAGCCCUCCGUCAGCUUCCUCGGAGGGGGCCGGUUGAUUAAGGUGAACGGGACCCUCCUGGACAUGGUGGAGCAGCCCCGGUUCUCAGUGUGGCUGGAGGAAGGCGGGGACAGCCAGCGGAGACGCAGGAGCUGCGGGGGGACGGAAGAGCAGACCUCGGCCCCGAUGCGGCCCUGCAGCAAGCUGGAGAGCGGCCUGCUAGAGUGCUCAGAGCCGUGUGCCACCGACUCGCCACAGCUGUUGGUCUGCCCCAGCCCCGCGGUGCCCAGUAAAGGAGCGCGCCUGGUCCGGGCAUUCUUCGUCCUGGACAACCUGAGGGUCAACUUCAGCGACGUGAGCGGGGAGGACUUCCGCUACGUAGACAACCCCCGGCUCCGGGGGCUGAACCGGGACGGCGCCGCCCGCCCCUACCACCUCAAGCCGGGCAACGUGCUGGAUGUGGAGGGCGAAGGCCUGAACGUGGGGAUCAGCAAGGAAGAAGUGAGGGUCCAGAUCGGGGACGGCGUGUGCACGGUGAAGACAUUGACCCACACCCACUUGUACUGCGAACCUCCACUCCAGCCCCCUCAGCCCCUCAACAGCUCCUCCCGGCUGCCCGAGUUCAUCGUGCAGAUGGGAUACCUGCGGCUGGACCUGGGCCGGGUGCAGUACGACACGGAGGCCACCCUGUCCCCCUUCCCCGCCGAGGCCCAGAUGGGGCUCGGGGUUGGGGCCGCCGUGCUGGUCUCCAUCGUCCUUCUGGUCAUCCUCAUGUACAGACGGAAGAGCAAGCAGGCCAUGCGAGACUACAAGAAAGUUCUGGUGCAGCUGGAGAACCUGGAGACCAGCGUGGGGGACCAGUGCCGCAGGGAAUUUACAGACCUGAUGAUAGAGAUGACGGACCUGAGCAGCGACUUGGAGGGCACCGGGAUCCCCUUCCUGGACUACAAGACCUUCACUGAACGCGCCUUCUUCCCCGGCCACGCGGGCUCCCCGCUGCGCUACAGCUUGGACGUGCCCGAGGGGCGCCGGCCCACCGUGGAGCAGGGGCUCACCCAGCUCUCCAAUCUGCUCAACCACAAACCCUUCCUCAUCAAGCUGAUCCACACGCUGGAGAAGCAGCCGACGUUCUCCCAGCGGGACCGGUGCCACGUGGCGUCCCUGCUCUCCCUGGCCCUCCACGGGAAGCUAGAGUAUCUGACGGACAUCAUGAAGACCUUGCUGGGGGAUCUGACCUCUAACUACGUCUCCAAGAACCCCAAGUUGAUGCUGCGAAGGACCGAGACUGUGGCGGAGAAGCUGCUGACCAAUUGGAUGUCCAUCUCCCUCUACUCCUUCCUGCGGGAAGUAGCUGGGGAGCCUUUGUACAUGCUGUUCCGGGCCAUUAAGUACCAGGUGGAUAAGGGCCCCGUAGACGCGGUGACGGGAAAGGCCAAGAGGACCCUGAACGACAGUCGGCUGCUGCGCGAGGACAUCGAGUUCUGCCCGUUGACCCUGACCGUUCUGGUCAAGGACUCUGGGAGCAGCCGGGAGGCCCAGCGGGUGCCUGUCCGCGUCCUGAACACGGACACCAUUACCCAGGUCAAGGAGAAGGUGCUAGACCAGAUCUACAAAGGCACUCCCUUUUCCCAGAGGCCCCCUGUGAACUCCCUGGACCUGGAGUGGCGCUCGGGCUUGGCCGGUCACCUGACGCUGUCAGACGAAGACCUGACGUCCGUGACCCAGAACCAGUGGAAACGCCUCAACACCCUGCAACACUACAAGGUCCCGGAUGGAGCAACGGUGGGGCUCAUUCCCCGGCUGCACAAUGAUGUCUCACAAGGCAAAAGCCAGAGCAUCCUCUCUGGGGAAGACACCCCGAUGCUGGAGGAUGGCGAGGAGGGUGGCAUUCAGCUCUGGCACCUGGUGAAGUCCACGGAGGAGCCUGAAGUGCCCAAGCAGCGGCGCAGCAGCCUGCGGGAACAGGAGCGAGCCAAGGCCAUCCCAGAGAUCUACCUCACCCGCCUGCUAUCCAUGAAGGGCACACUGCAGAAGUUUGUGGAUGACACCUUCCAGGCCAUCCUGAGCGUAAACCGCCCAGUGCCCAUUGCCAUCAAGUACCUGUUCGACUUCCUGGAUGAGCUGGCGGAGAAGCACAGCAUCGAGGACGAGGAGACGCUCCACAUCUGGAAAACCAACAGCCUGCUGUUGCGCUUCUGGGUGAACACCCUGAAGAACCCCCAGUUCAUCUUCGACGUGCGGGUGUCUGACAACGUGGAUGCCAUCCUGACCGUCAUCGCGCAGACCUUCAUUGACUCCUGUACCAUCUCUGAGCACAAAGUGGGGCGGGAUUCUCCAGUGAACAAGCUGCUGUAUGCCCGGGAGAUUCCUCUCUACAAGCAGAUGGUGAAUAAGUAUUAUUCUGACAUUCGGGAAAACACACCCGCCAGCUACCAGGAGAUGAACUCGACCCUGGCGGAGCUGUCUGGACAUUAUGCUUCCGACCUGAACUGCGUAGUGGCCCUGCAGGAGCUUUACAACUACAUCAACAAGUAUUAUGACCAGGUCAUCGAAGCCCUGGAGGAAGACCAUGCGGUGCAGAAGAUGCAGCUGGCCUACCGUCUGCAGCAGAUCGCUGCCCUGGUGGAGAACAAAGUCACCGACUUGUGAGGGGGACCCCGCCUGCCAUCGCUCCCUGCCCCACCCAAACCGGCCCAGCCUGACCCCGCUCGGUCUGCUGCGGCCUGGGCUGCUGGAAAGGGAUCCCCGAUCCCCCGGGGAGGGAGUCCUGGGCCCUGGUCCCAGGGAGGGGACGACAAAGCUGGGGUAGGGCAGAGGGAAGGGACGGGCUUGGACCAAACUAAGGGGAGUGGGCUUUGAGGAUACCCUUCCUCGGAGCAGGGCCAGCCGGGGCCAACCAGUUUGGUGCCUUAUGUACUGCUGUGGGCGAUGGGGUGGGAUCCCCAGGCCCUUUAAUCGACUUUUCUACUGAACGUGGUUAUCUCCCAGAGGCAACCCGCCUGCUCCGUGUCCUACUCCCCAACCCCGGAUGGAGCUCUCCAGGGGUGAGGGGCUGGGCCAGGAUGGGACCACCCCCAAAAGUCAGGGGAGGACUGCACGGUUGCCAGCAGAAGGGGGAGGAGGGUAUUCAUGGGCAGUGUAUUUAUUUCCACUGGGGUGGGGGGCGGAGAUGGUGGCUGACCUUGACCCAUAGGCCCCCAAGGAGCAGGGGUUUGGGGGACACACUAUUCAGAGCAGGCUCUGUGGGCCCCCCCAAUUUUCCCAGGGUCAGAAUGUGGACUACCACCUUCUCCUCUCUUCCUCCCCCCGGGCCUGUAGGGUACUCACUGAAGGUGGGGAGAAACCAUUUUGCCUUACUGUAUAGAAAACAGACCUUUUGUUCUCCCCUCCCAGCUCGGUAGGGCGAUGUUUUUUUUCCCCUAACUUAUACAGUUCACUGUGUGUA